AUGCUUCUAAAGGAUACAGAGGUUACUCAUACGAUGACAUUCCAGACUUUGAUGACUGAACCACUAUGUGUGGCAGUAGGCACAGUACACACUAUUCGACUUCACUGGGAGCCGUCAGGUCACAGUAGGGGAAAGAAAAGAUGCCCAGCAGACCAGUGUAUAUACAAUGAGGCUUCAGUUUAG